AUGGCGCUCGUCCUCGGUGGUAACGCGCGCGUCGCCCGCGCGCCGCGCGCCGUCGUCGCGGCGAAGAAGACGCGAAAGACCGUCGGCGCGGCGCGAUGCCGCGCGUCGUCGUCGUCGUCGUCGUCGUCCGACGACGACGCCGUCGUCGUCGCUUCUGUCGGCACGACGACGACGACAUCGUGGAUCGAUCGCGCGAAGGGCGUCGCGACCGCCGCGUGCGCCGCCGCCGCGCUCCUCGUCUCCUCCCCCGCCGCGCACGCGGAGCUCAACGCGCGAGAGGCGAAUCGCGGGGGCGAGUUCAACCGCGGCAGCGCGCAGCAGUUCGGCGGCUACGACCUCCGAAACGAGGACGUCGUCGGCAAGUACGGCGCGGACCUCCGUCUGUCCAACUUCACCGGCGCGGAGAUGCGCGGCGCGAAGCUCCGAGGCGCGAACCUCACGGGCGCGUACCUCAUGAAAGCGGUCGCGUUCGAGGCGGACUUCGAGGGCGCUAACCUCUCUGACGCGCUCAUGGAUCGCGCGGUGCUCAACAGCGCCAACUUUCGCGACGCCAUCUUAACCCGCGUGGUGUUGACGUCGAGCGACCUCGGCGACGCGAAGAUCGACGGCGCGGACUUCAGCGACGCGCUCAUCGACAAGUCGCAGCAGCAGAAGCUGUGUCAGUACGCGAGCGGGACGAACAGUGUCACGGGCGUGAGCACGCGGCGGUCGCUCAACUGCGGCGGCGGCGUUCGGACGUCGUCGCCGUCGAGGUACAUGACGGACGAGACGAGCGCCAAGCCGGAGGCGGCGUUCGACGCGAGCAGGUUCAGCGCGUACGGCACGGGGAACUAG